AUGUGCGAAACCAUUCGGGCACAUAUUGUGGUAAAUAAUAUUCUACACCAAACUCCUCAAUUGUCCAAUAUGAAGCUCUCAAUCAUCCUCGCCCUUGCUGCGACUGCGCUCGCCGGAGAGACGAUCAACAACGAGCACCUAAAGACCGAAGUCGUGACUGCAGUCGACUGUAAGCGCCCCACCGUGGCCGGCGACAAGAUCCACGUCCACUGUACGUCCUCCCAAUCAUACCCCCGUAUCCCCGUACCCCUCCUUGCGUCUCCCGCUCCUAUGGCAACCUCUCGCUCGCUUGACAAGCAUACACUGAUAAGUCUAGACCGCGGCACCCUCGAAUCCGACGGCUCCGAGUUCGACGCCUCCUACAACCGUGGCCAGCCCCUCAGCUUCAAAGUCGGCAGUGGCCAGGUCAUCAAGGGCUGGGACCAGGGUCUGCUCGACAUGUGCCCCGGCGAGAAGAGGAAGUUGACCAUCCAGCCUGAUUGGGCAUACGGUAGCAGGGGUGCCGGUCCCAUUCCCGCCAACAGCGUGUUGAUCUUCGAGACAGAGUUGGUCAGCAUCGAUGGCGUCAGCAAGGAUGAGUUGUAG